AUGUCCAGGCUCGACUUCUUCUUCGGAAACUCCUCAAGCGGCUGCCUGGCCCCCUGUGAGCCUGGGCCUGAGGGGGGCACUUGGCUUUUCCUGCUACUUCUUGGGAAGGAGAUUCCUAGAAUAUUUCACGAGAAGGCCCCCUUCUCCGGGAGGCUGUCCAAUGGAGAGAUUCUGGAUCCGAAGGCCAUCGAGCCAGAGCCGGAAAAAAAGACCACCUCUUACAGCCAGGAGACCCUAGCAGAGCCCUACAAGCAGGUGGAGCAGUACAUGUCUUUCCACAAGCUGCCCGCUGACUUCCGGCAGAAGAUCCAUGACUACUACGAGCAUCGGUACCAAGGCAAGAUGUUCGAUGAGGACAGCAUCCUGGGCGAGCUGAAUGGGCCCCUGCGGGAGGAGAUCGUGAACUUCAACUGCCGGAAGCUGGUGGCCUCCAUGCCUCUCUUUGCCAACGCAGACCCCAACUUCGUCACGGCUAUGCUGACCAAGCUCAAGUUUGAGGUGUUCCAGCCUGGGGACUACAUCAUCCGGGAGGGCACCAUUGGCAAGAAGAUGUACUUCAUUCAGCACGGCGUGGUCAGUGUCCUCACCAAGGGCAACAAGGAAAUGAAGCUCUCAGACGGCUCCUACUUUGGGGAGAUCUGCCUGCUGACCCGGGGCCGGCGCACGGCCAGCGUGCGGGCUGACACCUACUGCCGCCUCUACUCCCUGAGUGUGGACAACUUCAACGAGGUGCUGGAGGAGUACCCCAUGAUGCGGCGGGCCUUCGAGACGGUGGCCAUCGACCGCCUGGACAGGAUUGGCAAGAAGAACUCGAUCCUGCUGCACAAGGUCCAGCACGACCUGCACUCGGGCGUCUUCAACAACCAGGAGAAUGAGAUCAUCCAGGAGAUCGUCAAGUACGACCGGGAGAUGGUCCAGCAGGCCGAGCUGGGCCAGCACCCCGGGCUCUACCCGGCCGCGCAGCCCCAGGUCACGUCGGCCAUCGCCACGCUGCAGCAGGCCGUGGCCAUGAGCUUCUGCCCGCAGAUGGCGAGCCCCCUGGUGGGCCCCCUGGCCCUGAGCUCCCCCCGGAUGAUGUACGCCCAGGCCGUGCCCAGCCCCUUCUCAGUGUCGCCCAUCCUCUUCCAGGCCCCGCCGCCGCCUCAGCCCCCGCCUCCCCCGGCCGCGGCCAGCCCCCCCUCUCAGAGCCCGCGGGCCAGCCGGACCUUCCC